UUAACUCCUUUGCGAUGCUGCACUUGGGCCGUAUAUAUAGGGAGACAGUGCAGAGAUGAAGUGCCGUCACCGUAGACCUGGGCGACAUGGCCCUGACACGCAUAACGUCGCGUUAUGCGGCCCUGCUUGGCUGUCUUGUUACUCUGCCUUCCUUUGUCCUCGGGUGGGCGACGUAUCCCGACACUGACGUGGUGAUCGUCUCAAACAACGAUCUCGACCCCUCAAAUGCGAACCGGGCAAGUGCGUUGUACUUGAAAAGUGCAUUCAGCUGCGAGGAAGCUCUCUUGGCCUGCGAGCAGCUUCAAGAAACUCUGCUACCUGCACCGAAUACGACAGCUGGUCUUACGGCGCAGAACCUGUCCGUUGCGCUCACAUCUGAGCGGCAUGGCGCCGCUCUAGGCAAAACACAGCAAGUUUGGGUCGCAAGCGAUGCGCCUGACAACUGCGGGGCUUUCACGCCAAGCUACCAGUAUUCCGACGUCGGAUAUGCGCUUGACACAAACGUCGACUUUGCCACCCUGCUGCCUGUACUUUGCACGAAUUCGGCCCCUCUGACGCGCUCAAAUGUCACGUCUUACGACACCACACGCAAGAUUCAACUCUCUACGCCUUCUGCUGGCACCCUGACUGGCUACCGUGACAAGUUCACCUUCCGUUUCCUCGGGAUCAAGUAUGCGGAGCCAACCAAUGGGAGCGCUAGGUUCCGGCCGCCCACAGCGCUCACUGUAGAACCUGAGACCGAACGCUCCGCGCUUCAAUAUGGGAGCAUCUGUGCUCAGCCACCCGACGCGGACAACGGCCAUUUACUGUAUUCAAACGAGGAUUGCCUGUAUCUGAAUGUGUGUUCCCCUGUCGCAAACUCUGCGACGAACUCGGUCCAGACUGCGCCCAAGCUCCCCGUGAUGUUCUUCAUACACGGCGGUGGUCUGAACACAGGCGACAGCGGGCCGUUCCCAUUCAACAUGACUACGAGCGGCUUCGUCGGGAACUCCGUUUCCAAUAUCUAUGAUGGCACGAACGUCGUGUCGUAUGCAGGCGUUGUUCUAGUCACGAUCAACUAUCGUUUGACGGCGUUCGGCUGGUUCAACGCCUCCAAUGCCGCCCUGAAGGACGCACUUCUCGCACUGCAGUGGGUUCAGGACAAUAUCGAGUCUUUUGGUGGCGAUCCGACGAAAGUACUCAUCUACGGCGAGUCCGCUGGUGGUGUCAUGACAAGAUACUUGCUUGGCACAAAUCCCGUCUACACUGAAGGCCUAUUCAGUGCUGCUAUUCUCGAAUCAGAUUUCGGGCAGAGCGACCCUUUCCUCUCGAUCCCGCUCGCACAGAACAUAUCACUGAAGCUCGCGCAAUACCUUGGAUGUGCUUCAAACUCCUCUACCACGUUCAACGACACGAUGGCCCAAUGUGUACAGGAUCUCCCCGCCGGGGACAUCGCGACGGCUUCUUACAACCUCGGUAUCUCCUGGAGCAUCGCUGUUGAUGGCGACUACGUGCUCACCGAUAUUGCGUCCAGUAUCAUGGACGGUGACUACGCACGCGUGCCAACCAUCUGGGCGAGCAACGAAUGCGAAUAUUGCUACUUCCUGCCGAGCACAAUCGCGCCGACUGCGAACGCAUCCGUCUUCCCCGAAUAUAUCUCAAUCGGGUUCAAUACCACGGGCGCCCAGGCCAUCUUGAACGCGACCGACCUCUAUCCCUACCAAACCGCGCCAUCCGCAGAUGGGAUCUCAGGAGCCGUGCUGACCCUCGCCCAACUCUUCACCGACUUUGCCGUGCACUGCCCAGAGCUGUAUCUCGCAUCCCUGGAGACGAACACCACCAACCCCGGCAACUCGUACAAGGUCGUAUUCGCCACAGGUCUCGGUUCGCCGCUCACGCCGAACCCUGAGACUUGUGUGGGACAAGUCUGUCAUGCAGAUGAGCUCUACUGGGUCUUCGCCACGGCCGAGACAGACAACCUGUACCAACCUCUGACUCCGGGUCAGGUCGCGACGACCCGCGAGGUGAUCAACCGCUGGACUUCGCUUGCGUGGACUGGCAACCCCAACUACGAAGGCGCUGUGGUGGAGUGGGCACCGUAUACAGGCGACAACGAGAUCGUCAUUAACGCGACGGCCACCGAGACCAUUGAGCCAUACCGAGUGGCUCAGUGCGACUUCCUCGUGACUCAGAUUGGUCUGAUAUUCGGGGACCCGUAGGCAGCUUUUCGCUAAAUGGAGGGUACGUAAUACUGUCGAGUACCGCGUACGCCCGCGACGAAGCAAAUACCUACCAACUUCCGCGUGGCACUCAGUUUCCCUCCAGUGAAUAGGGUAUACAUCAAAGUGGUCAUGGCUGAGCGUCUUGUGAGGACACCCAACCGAACCCGAAAGAAUAAAUUAAACUGCA